AUGGCCAUGAAAACUCCUUCCCAAUUAUUUUUCUUGUUCCUAUUACUCUUCAUAACAUAUGUUUCUGCAACAGGAAGAUCGAGGCUCGGUGUGGUUAAGAGACGAACAAGGGAGAAGAAUCAUAACCAUGUUUUUAACACUAAUGGAAGCAAUGAUCUUUCCUCUAUAUUCAAAGAUUUGAAGAUCUUUAACUACACACAAACGCUUGACCAUUUCAAUUAUAGGGAUGAAAGCUACAAUACCUUUCGACAAAAAUAUGUGAUCAAUUUUAAGCAUUGGGGUGGUGCAAAUUCUAGUUCUCCUAUCUUUGUUUACUUGGGCGCUGAGUCCGCUUUGGAUGAUGAUCUUGGUUUCAUCGGCUUCCUCAACAAUAAUGCUCCUCGAUUCAAGGCUCUUGUAUUAUACAUAGAGCACCGUUACUAUGGACAAUCAAUCCCUUAUGGAUCGAGAAAAGAAGCAUUCCAAAAUGCUAACACUCUUGGGUACUUCAGCUCUUCCCAAGCUUUAGCCGAUUACGCCGAAGUGAUAAUUGAUCUGAAGAAAAAUUUGUCUGCAGAAGCCAGCCCUGUUAUUGUCUUUGGAGCAUCUUAUGGUGGAAUGCUUGCGACAUGGUUUCGACUGAAGUAUCCUCAUGUGGCCCUUGGCGCACUUGCAUCAUCAGCACCAAUUCUCUACUUUGAUGACAUAACCCCUGAAAAUGGAUACUACUCUAUUGCCACCAAGGGUUUCAAGGAAGCAAGUGAAAAUUGCUACAAUACCAUAAAACAAGUGUGGUCUAAAAUCGACAAUGUUGCUUCCACACCCAAUGGUCUUAAAUUCCUCAGCCAAAAGUUUAAGACUUGCCACCCAUUGAACAAGUCUUCAGAUCUAAAGGACUACUUAGACAGUAUAUAUUCAAGUGCAGCACAAUAUAAUAGUCCUCCAAGUUAUCCAGUUUCAAUGAUUUGCAAGGCAAUAGAUGAAGCAUCCAAAGGAACUACAGAUAUUCUAAGUAGAGUAUUUGCAGGUUUGGUUGAUUAUAAGGGAAACAAAUCAUCUUGCUAUGAUACAAGUGAAUACACUACUCCUAGUGAAACAACUGAUGGUUGGAAUUGGCAGACAUGUAGUGAGAUGGUAAUGCCGAUCGCAGUAGGUAACAGCAAUGAAACCAUGUUCCAACCAGCAACAUUCAAUCUCACAAGCUUCAUAGAAGACUGUAAGAAAAAAUAUGGUGUUAGUCCUCGGCCUCAUUGGAUUACAACUCAAUUUGGUGGUCAUGAUAUUAAACGGGUUCUUAAGCGGUUCGGAAGCAACAUCAUAUUCUCUAAUGGACUGAGAGACCCAUAUAGCAGUGGAGGGGUGCUCAAAAGCAUAUCUCCCAGCCUCGUAGCAGUUUAUACAAAACAAGGAUCUCAUUGCUUGGAUCUAGGUAAUUCAUCACCCAAGGAUCCAAAGUGGUUAAUCAAGCAAAGAAACAAAGAGAUCAAAAUAAUUGGUGGAUGGCUAGGAAAAUAUUAUAUAGAUCUUAAAGCAAAAAUAUGAUAGGACCAAAAUUAUUUCUUCUCAAGGUCUAGA